AUGCCCCUUCAAUCAACUCUUGCUUUUUCCUCCCAAAAUCAAUCACAAAAUCCUACGACUCCCUCUUCUAGCCAUCCUCAUCGUAUUCGGCAGCCACCCUCUAACCCCGGAAUGAUUCCACCCAGCCCAGAUGGCAGACGCCGCCUGUCGAUUCCAACCGAAUGCACUCCUUCCAAUACGAAACGUCCAGCACCCAUCGAGGUUUUGGACAAAUCGGACUCAGAAGAGGGUGAAGUCGAACGUGUUGAACCUGCAAAGAAAAAGCAAAAGAAGAAGCCGGCUAAUAAACAGAAAACCACUAAAUCCAAAGAAACUGCAGGCACAGGAACCGGUUCUACUUUUGUCGACAAAGAAACUCUACGUGCUGACUCUGACAUUGAAAACGACAAAGUCCAACCACGCGCACCUAAAAUGUCUAAACAAGAGAACAAUGAUUUAAACGACUACUAUGAUGUACCGUUUCGCAGAAAAACAGACGUGAGUAGUUUGUUUUUCAUUACCACAUGUCUAUACAUAUCCAAUCAUUGA